CCUUUUUUCUUUUUUUCGGAAUUUUCAGUGACGCAGACGAAAAACCAUUUUCACAAGUGAAGUGGACUGAAACUCGUGAUUGGAAAGAUUCUCGUAUUUCGAUAGCUUCAAUUAGCACAUCCGCUUUUCAUAUAUCACAAGAUGAAGCUCUUUUACGGUCUAGUUAUUCAUUCCAAAUCAAUUGACGAUCUGCGUUUUCUUCCUAACACUGCGUUGGUCGUUGAUCACGGAAAGAUUGUUUUCAUCGAAGAAAAUGCUGAUGUAGAUAAGAUUCAACAACAACACCAGAUAUCUGCCGAAAAUGUAAUCGUCUUGAAAGAAAAUGAAUUCCUGAUGCCAGGGAUGAUUGAUACUCAUAUUCAUGCCCCUCAGUAUGUCAACGCCGGCUUUGGACUAGACCUUCCACUCCUUGGAUGGCUAAACAAAUAUACUUUCCCCACUGAAUCUCGCUUCAGUGAUCUGAAUUUUGCAGAUGAAGUUUAUACCAGAGUAGUUGCAAAUACUCUUAGCAAUGGAACAACAACUGCCAUGUACUUUGCUACCAUUCACAAAGAAUCAGCCCUUUUACUUGGAGAUAUUGCCCAUCAGAUAGGGCAAAGAGCAUUUGUUGGAAAAGUCAGUAUGGAUCAAAACUCUCCAGAUUAUUACAUUGAAGAAAAAAGUAGUGCAAUUAAAGAGAUUGAAGAUUUCAUUGUUACUCUGCAAUCAAAAAAGUAUCCAAAUGUCCAGCCUGUCAUAACUCCCCGGUUCGCUAUUACGUGCUCGAUGGACCUUAUGAAGAAUUUGAGCCAGUUGGCUGCGAAGUACGACGUAAACAUACAAACACAUGUUAGUGAAAAUCCUGCAGAAUGUGAAGUAGCUGUCAGCCUUCAUGAAGGUUGUCGAGAUUAUGUGGACAUUUACGCACAAGCAAAUUUACUCACUGCCAAAACUAUUCUUGCUCAUGGAAUUUAUUUGUCUGACAAAGAGCUAGAAGUACUUCAUAAAUACCAAGCCUCCAUCUCUCACUGCCCCAACUCAAAUUGUUCUAUACGCAGCGGUAUGUGCGAUGUUCGUCGCUUGAUGACGCAAGGGUUACACGUUGGACUUGGAACUGACGUUUCCGGUGGCUUCAGUCCAUCAAUUUUGGAUGCCAUGCGUUUUGCCAUCACCGUUUCAAACCUUCUAUCGUUGUCAAAGUCAGAAGACUACAAACCUUUGAAUUAUAAAGAUGUCUUCUUCAUGUCCACUCUCGGGGGCGCUCAAGCUCUAGGAAUCGGCGACAAAAUUGGAAACUUUGAAGUCGGCAAGGAUUUUGAUGCGCUAGUCAUCAACUUAGCUCAAACCGAUGGUAACCUAGAGCUGUGGCUAAACGAAAGCAUUGAAAACCGUUUAUCGAAAUGGAUUCAUCUUGGUGAUGACCGAUCGAUUUCUCGUGUUUAUGUUCAUGGAGUCGAAGUUAAAGAGAAGGCAAGCAACGUGUUGAGGGUUAAACGCCUGGGGGGCAAAAGGAAGUCGACAGAGAUCAAUUGAGAACAAGAUUCCAUUUAUCGAUAUUUGCAUUCUCGUAAUCUGCUAGUACAAAAAUAGUUGGCAAAAGAGACCUAACUGCAGCUAGAUGAGACGAACAUUCCCGAUACCAAGAAGAUAUCUACGACGAUACUAAGCUCUUUAAUUUCAUUUCCCUUUCUCCUCUUAACGGUUUUGUUUUAUUGAAGAAUUUGACUCUUAGCAAUCUGAUUGAUAUUGAACAUAAUACCUAUCCUUGUAAUAUCCGGUUUGACUAGUUUCUCUUUCCACCAGUGGAAUUAAAAAAAACUGGUUUAAUUUUCAUUUAGAAUGUAAGACUCUUUUGGUGCAAAUAUAAUAAAUUUGGGUUGCGACAAAUUUUGUUAAUUAAAAAUUUUUUAGGAGUAAAUUUGAUUGUUGUGAAAUUAUAUUUCUUCAUGCUUACAGUUUACACCCCUGGUAUGAGCACGUACGAAUUGUGGCGCCACCAUCGACGUUUAUUGACCUUAGGUGACUAGUCUUGUACCAGACCACGUACUAUCAACAACGUGGUUUGCCUUGCAACAGCAACGUGUAGUCAUUCAAACUUUAGUUUCCUCCGGUGUGAGGUCAGAGUAUAAUCUUCCCGCACUUACGUUCAGUGUAAUUUGCCAUUAAGUUAUCUCAGUCAUGCCAAAAGGCACGGUGAAACAUUAUCACGACAACUUUGAUUUCUGCUAUUUUAUCUUUGUUUCUUUAUUUGUGUGGGCUAUUUUGUCCUGUAGUGAAGCUUGCCCAGUAGCCUGCAAUUGCAUUUCUAAUCAGAAGUGGGAAUGUACGAAUAUAACUUCGCUUGGAGACAUCUGGGAGAAUUCUUCACGAGCGGUUCGAGAAUUGACUUUGAUUCAUAUCACGGAUCUAAAUAGCUUCAGUGACCAUCUUGGGACAUCUUUCAACGCGUCUUUCGAGUCUGUGCGCGAACUUAGAAUUCAGCAAUCGACUAUCAACAGGGUUUCGGCAUUGUUUAUUGAUUCCUUUCCUAAUGUGGAAAGAGUAUUUUUAGUGGAUAACCAGUUCUCGUGCAGGGAGAACAUUUUAUCUCUUCAAAGGUGGGAAUCGGAAACUUCAAAAGACAAACUGCAAUGUUCUUCGCCAGAUGGCAUGGCCAAAACCGAGCUUUUUUUGGCGCUAAAAACGAUCUCACGUGUUAAAGAAGAAUGUCCAAGUCCUUGCCGGUGUGUCGUCAAGUCCAUGAAUUCCCAAUAUUCUGUUCCCAAUUUACUCUUUAAUUGCAGUCGAUCUAAUCUAAAAGUUAUCCCAGAUUCUUUGCCUAAAUCAUGGGUUAUCGAGCUCGAUCUGAGCCAUAAUCAGAUUGAAGAUGCCACUCCUUUGUUCAGUCUACCAUUCUAUCGAAAUGUGCCAGUACUAAAUCUUGCUCACAAUCACAUCCAAGAUAUUCAAGUGCCGAAUGAUACCAGUCAGAAGAACCAUUUCAGACUCUUGAACUUGUCCCACAACAAACUUACUCAAUUACCUGAAAAUUUGUUGGGCGAGACUGACACCUUCUCCUACCAGCCUCUCAUUAUGCUGAGAAGCAAUCCUUGGAUGUGUGACUGUAAUUCUGUGAAGAUGUUUCAGACUAUUGCGAUGAAACAGUUGCACAUUAUUGGGGAUUUCAUCUAUCUGACCUGUGAGGGUGACCUUGAGGGACAGUUGAUUAGUUCACCAACUUCCCUUCAUAGACUCUGUUACGUACCUGCUGUUGCCAUCAUGACGAUUCGAUGUGUCAACAUUGUCUUUUUCAUCUUGAUCGCGUUGGUUCUAAUUAAGACUGCAUUUGACUUGCGAUCCAUGUACGCUGUGGGCAUAUUUCAUUACUUCGCCCAUCUAUUAUUGCUGCCCUCACGAUAAUCAUCUGCUCCUCCUUAACAACUGCAAGUGCAUAGAAAUGCUGGUGAACGCGAGCGGGGAUUUUCAAAAAGAAUUGAAAUACAAGUUGGCAAAACUAUAAA